AUGCCAAGUGGCAGUAAUAAGAGCGAAGGGCAGGGUCCAGGCUCCUCCCCCCUGCCCCAUUCCGUCAUCCUUUCCAACAGACCAAUACGACCAUCACGUUAUGUCCCUGUGUCAGCGGCCACUUUCUUCCUGGUGGGCUCAACAACGCUGUUCUUCUGCUUCACUUGUCCAUGGCUUUCGCAGUGUUUCUCGGUAGCUGUUCCCAUUUAUAACGGAAUCAUUUUCCUGUUCGUUUUGGCCAAUUUCUGUAUGGCCACAUUCAUGGACCCAGGCAUCUUUCCAAGAGCUGAGGAGGAUGAGGACAAGGAUGAUGACUUCCGUGCACCUCUUUAUAAAACUGUGGAGAUCCGCGGGAUCCAGGUCAGGAUGAAGUGGUGUUCAACUUGUCGAUUCUACCGGCCUCCACGUUGCUCCCAUUGCUCAGUCUGUGACAACUGUGUUGAGGACUUUGACCACCACUGUCCAUGGGUCAACAACUGCAUCGGAAGAAGGAAUUACCGAUACUUCUUCCUCUUCCUCCUUUCGCUGACUGCCCACAUCAUGGCUGUGUUUGGCUUUGGGUUGCUCUUCAUCCUCUAUCAUCACCAGUUUAUUGAUCGCCUGCAUGUGAUUGUCACGUUGGCAGUAAUGUGUGUUGCUGGCAUGUUCUUCAUUCCAGUUGCUGGUCUUACUGGUUUCCACAUUGUUCUUGUGGCAAGGGGCAGAACUACUAAUGAGCAGGUGACAGGAAAGUUCCGAGGAGGAGUUAACCCUUUUACCAAUGGAUUUUGGAAGAAUGUCACUCAAGUCCUUUGCAGCUCACAGGCACCCAGAUAUUUGGAUAGGAAGAAGUAUGUACAUCGAGUAUGUGUGCAGCCUCCAUUUCUACAGCCAAAACUGACUGACACCCAGCUAACCACGAAGAUCAUGGACAAUGGUUUACGAGGAGAUCUACAUCGGUCUAAAUCAAGUCUGGAUAUGCAAGAGAGCCAAUCAUGUGAUGCUGAACCACCUCCUCCAAAACCGGAACUCCGCUACCCUGGAAUCAUCAGAGGAAGCACACAAGAUUACAAUCUACUAAACAAGACACCUCCUACCCCAACUAUGUAUAAAUACAGACCGAACUGUAGUCCUGGAAAGAACCACACUCCACUAACCCAUGCUUAUGCAAAUCAGUUAAAUCGAGCGGAGAGGGACUUUACCAGUAGGGAUUCCUCUUCCUCCACCUCCUCUCUUGUUCAAUCCAGCCAUCAACCCGGUUUCCGCUCACAACCUUGCCUAGACUUAAGGGACACUACUGAUAGAGUUGGCGGAGUAGCAGGAAGGGAGCGAAAAGAGGGUGUGGAAACAGGAGGCAUCCCUGUCUAUUCUUCCACAGGGUGCUCCUAUCCCUCAUUUUCUGAUCCCGCCGUCCUGUCGGGAGACGCUUCGCAAUCCUCAGAUGUCGCUGCCCGUUUCUCUGAAACAACCACUACCUCAAGCAGCUUCAAGAGCUUAGCAAAUCAUACUCCUCCGCCUCACCACCUAGCACCUAACGGAAGCCUGUCGUACGACAGCUUAAUGGCCGGAGGUGAUGGUUUUGACAAAGGGGAUUCGGCGGGAUCCAAAAUUCCCGAGGCAUUACCAGCGGACGGUGGCUACGUCUCCCCCUACCCUCCUUCGAAAGCUGUUGAAAUUCAUUCCCAGUCUCCCCAGCGCCAUCACCCUCUACUACAUCGGUCAGCCUCUUCCACAUCCUCCUCUCCUCCUGAGAGGGAGCAUCUGUUGGUGGAACUGCAGCGAAGCAAUCACCCUUUGCCUUUCUGUCAGACUUCAGUACCACCCCCUUCCUCUUCUCAGCAUCCAGCGCACCAUCACCACCACCAUCAUCAUCAUCAUCAUCGUCACCAUCACUCGCAUCAUCACCACCAUUCCUCCUCUUCCUCCCAACCUUCUCGUUUCAUUGUGCCUCAGUCGCACCACCAUCCUUACCCACACCGCACGUACUCCACAGAUACCCCUUUGGGCUUGUCAUCAUCUUCCACAAACCACCCCUCUCACUCCCCGCACCAUCCGCCUCUUGGUAAAUCGCUGUCCUACUCAAGCGCCGCAGCGGCCGAAAUGCAGUACCAGCUCAUACGAAAGGCGUCCUCAGCGGCCGGAGCAAAUGCAGCAGGGGUUGCGGGAGGAAUGCAAGCACCAAAAUUUCCGGUGAGUUUAUUUUAUUCUACUUUCUGUGUUUUGUUGUAUGAGGGGUUGAGCUACACCAGAAUGAACUUCUGUGAUGGACCAAUGGCAGCAAGCCAUUUUUUGCUUUCAUCCUCCUACUCUUCCACCCACUGGGUCAAGUGA